AUGGACGCUGUGAGCGAGCUGCAGCAUCUAGAGUCAUUCCUAGUAGAUGAACACGAAAGAGAUAAAACAAAGAUUGAGAAUCUUUACGAAUGCGUGCAAUAUGCUGGUGCAAUAGUCCCAAGAUUAUAUCUUCUGAUCACCAUUGGCGUUGUUUACAUCAAGUGUGGUGAGGAUACUCGUCGUAAUAUCCUCAGUGAUCUCGUUGAAAUGUGUCGCGGUGUCCAGCAUCCUCUACGUGGCCUAUUUUUGAGAAAUUAUUUGCUUCAAAGCACUCGGACACUGCUCCCAGAUAAUCCUGACCUUACUACUACUGAAGUAAAUGACCUGCCAGAAUCUGACAAAGAACCGCGGGAAUGCGAUGGGACUGUCUCAGACGCAAUUCACUUCGUUUUGGUGAAUUUUGCGGAAAUGAACAAAUUGUGGGUCCGAAUGCAACACCAAGGUCCAUCAAGAGAACGGGAGAAAAGAGAAAAGGAUCGGAUGGAAUUACGCAUACUUGUUGGUACCAAUCUCGUGCGCCUCUCUCAACUAGAAAAUCUUACUGAGGAAAUGUAUGUGAAGGAAGUUCUGCCAAGCAUCUUGGAACAAGUGGUUUCUUGCCGAGAUCAUAUAUCACAGGUUUCUGAAAUUUUUGUUACAUAUAUGUUUAGUUCUCUUCUUCCUAACUUAUCUUUUUAAAA